AUGCCGUCGUCGGCGCCCGGCGUCGAGGAGGAGGAGCCCAAGGACUCAUCGGAGUACAGGCUCCGCAAGCAGCUCCUGCUGCUGGCGGCGCUCGUGGUCAGCGUCACCUACGUGGCGGGGCUCACCCCGCCGGGCGGGGUGUGGCAGGAGGACGGGCCCGGCGUCGCGGCGGGGGGUCCUGUCCUCCGGAUCACGCACCGCCGCCGGUUCCUGUCCUUCUACUACUGCAACUCCACCGCGCUCGCCGCGUCGCUCGUGGUCAUCUUCCUCCUGCUCCUCAAGAACCCGACGCGGGUCCAGCUAGCCGUGCUGCGGCUGGUCAUGGUGCUCGACCUGCUCGCCCUCAUGGGGGCCUACCUCGCCGGCAGCUACCGGGACAGGCCCGCCACCGUGUACGCCACGGCGCUGGUUCUCGCGCUGUCAGCCUACGUGGGCGUCCACAUCCUGCAGGGCCUGCAACACCCUCCGCCACCGCCGGUCGACCGCCGCGACGAGGAGGAGGAUCGCCGGCGGCGCACGGAGUCCUCCUCCAGCGUCCUCAAGCCCAAGGAGCGGUGCAAGGUCCUGCUGCUGCUCGCCACCUUCGCGACGGGCCUCACCUAUGUCGCCGGGCUGAACCCGCCCGGCGGCUUCUGGGACACGAUGGACAAUGGCCGCCGCAGAGGGCACGGGCACGGCUACCGCCCCGGCGACUCGCUUGUGGAGGUGCACCACAGGGGCCACUUCAGGAUGUUCUUCUACUGCAACACCACGGCCUUCGUCGCGUCGCUCUUCAUCAUCGUCCUGCUCCUGGACAGGAAGCUCAGCGCCAGGACGGCGCGGUCCUUCGCGCUGCACGUGUUCGUCCUCAGCGCGCUGCUCGGCCUGUUGGCGGCCUACGAUGCCGGCAGCUGCCGGGACUCCAACUGCAGCGUCUAUGUUGUCAGCCUCUUCGGCGCGGUUCUCGCAUUCAUAUUCCUCACUAUGGUGGCUAUCAUUUCACUCAAGAGCCUGGUUUGUGCUGACGCUCCAGCAUCGGAAUCUAACAACAAUCGUGUCCACGACAACCAAGCUACAACAAUGGCGACGUCAAGUUCACAAGGCAGCGUCAACACUGUUGCUCCUCGAGCGGCGAGCACAGGCAACACGGUGGAGAAAAGGGCGAUAAAGAAGGUGAAGUCCCUCGUUCUGCUGCUCGCCAAUCUCGCGGCGACCAUUACCUACCAGGCAGGGCUAGAUCCGCCGGGCGGCUUCUGGACGUACGACGGCGAGGGGCACAGGGCCGGCGACGCCAUACUCCUGUCCAAGGACCCGGCACGAUACAAGGCCUUCUUCUACUGCAACUCGGCCGCCUUUGUGGUGUCCCUCGUCGUCAUCCUCAUGGUCCAGAACGUGAGGCUGGUCAAGAGCCACACCUUGCUGGUGGCGAUGAUGCUGGACAUGUUCGCCCUCAUCGGAGCCUACGCCGCCGGAAGCUGCCGAAACCUCAGGACCUCCGUCCAUGUCGUCGCCCUCGCUGGCGCCGUCCUUCUCUACGUGCUGGUACACGUCCUGUUCUUCACGCUGCGGGCGACCGGCGCCGACGGCACGGUGCCGGAGAAGAAGCACAAGCGGCUGCUGCUGGUGGCGAUCCUGGUCGCUACCAUCACUUACCAGGUGGGGCUCACGCCGCCGGGUGGGUUCUGGAUUGAGGAGAACUCGCCCCUCGGCCGCCACCGCCACGCCGGCGGCGCCGUGCUCCUCGACAAGUUCCCACGCCGCUUCGGGGUCUUCUUCUACUGCAACACGGUGAGCUUCAUGGCGUCCAUCGCGCUCAUCCUCCUCCUCGUCAACCCCAACCUCUCGCGGCUCGCCAUACGGUGCUACGCGCUGUACGCGUGCCAGGUGGCCGGCCUGUUCGGUCUCAUGGGCGCCUACGCGGCCGGGAGCGCUCGGAGGUUGAGAACGUCCAUCUUCGCGCUUGUGCUCGUUGCCCUGGUGAUCGCCUUCGUCGCUCUGAACAUCAUCAUGUUUAGUUUGUUCAAACCAAGGACGGCAAUGGCAGAGGUCGAUUCGCCAGCUCCGGCCGAGGAAGAAGAAGAACCUACACCCAGAGACGCCGAGGAGACAGAGUACCGCGACGAAGUGUACGCCAAGCGCAAGUACCUGAUGCUGCUCGGGAUCCUGGCCGCAGGCGUCACCUACCAGGCCGGUCUGGCCCCGCCGGGCGGCCUGUGGCAGGACGACGGCACCGGCGGCGGCGGCCAUGGGCGCGAGGCUGGGAACCCGGUGCUCCACGACACCGACCAGCGCCGCUACCACGUCUUCUUCUACAGCAACUCCACCUCCUUUGUCGCGUCGGUGGUCGUCAUCGCCCUGCUGCUGCAGCAGAUCCUGCGGCGGCACCGCCCGGAGAACCACGAGCUGCUCCUGCUGGCCACGAACACGGCCGUCGUCCUCGACCUGCUGGGCCUCCUGGCGGCCUACGCGGCUGGCAGCACCCGCGAGUGGCGGAUUGUAGCCGUGCUGCCUGUGCUUGUUCUGACUUUCAUGGCUGUACACGUCGCAAUUUGGUUGUUCGGUGAGCGCCGCUGCGGCGGCGGCGGAGCUAGUUCUAAUGGGUGGAUUGAAGAACAGGUAGUAAAUGGUCAUGACCAGUCUUCCCAUGUUCCUGAGGUUUAGUUUACUAAUGAUGAUCACUUCAGUGCUAUGUGUACUACCCCGGCCGGUGUCCUGAGCACGAACUAGCUGAGCUGUUUUUAUACUACGGAGAGCUCACUUGGGCGUUUUGGGGAUGAAGAUGCAUUCAUCUUUAGUUACAAUGUACAACAACAUA